AUGUCACUUUUAUCAUUAUCUGCUUCUCUUCCUGAAAUAGACAAUUCAUUGAUACGAGCACCUAUUUUACGAAGAUCAAGUCGAGCUGAACAUUUAUCAUUAACUCUGGCUAAUAGAAGAAAACGUUCUUUGGAAAAAAGAGAUCCUUUUCAAGCACCUCUUUAUAAUGAUGAUGGUUCUCAAUAUCUUAUACAAAUUGGUGUUGGUUCUCCUGCUCAAAACUUUACCGUCACUUUGGAUACUGGAAGUGCUGAUUUAUGGAUUCCUUCUUCUUCUUGUCCAACUACUUCAUGUCCUUAUUCUCGUUUUGAUCCUACUGCCUCUUCUACAUACAAAAAUCUCAAUACUGCAUUUUCUAUUCAAUAUGGUAUUGGAUCGGUCAAUGGUAGUUAUUCAACAGAUACUGUAACCAUUGCUGGAGCUCAAGUUACUAAUCAACAAUUCGGUCUUGCUUCUUCAACUUCUGAUAUCCUUACGACUGGAAGUUCAUCUAUGGGAGGUACAGGUAGUGGAACACCAGGACAAAAUUCAUCUUCUGAUCCUAGUAAACCUACUGGUAAUGGUAUUCUUGGCCUUGGUUAUCCAUCAUUGACAGCAUCAACUACUUCUGGCAAAUCUACUUCUCCUUACAAUCCUGCAGUUUUCAACAUGGUACAACAAAAAUUGAUUGCUAAUCCUAUCUUCUCCAUCUAUAUGAACAAAGAAUCAGCUAGUGGUUGGGCAGGUGAAGUGAUUUUUGGUGGAGUGGAUUCAAGUAAAUAUACAGGUGAUUUGGUCUAUUUACCAGUGGCACCUCUUAGUACGGCUUCUAUUGGCAGUAACAGUAAUUACUAUUAUUGGAUGGUGUAUGCUCAAGGCAUCUCAGUAACUGGUACAGGUAGCAACACGACAGAUCAAUCUUAUAGUUUCACAAGCAGCAAGACAGGAACAAAAGGGGUGGGAACAUUUAUUUUGGAUACCGGUACGACUUUAACCUAUUUACCAACAACUAUGGCUGAAUCUAUUAUCAGUAGUGUGGCUGGUGGUAGUAGUGGUUAUCAAUUAGAUAGUUCAUCACAAACUUAUUAUAUCGAUUGUGCUAAAGCUUCCUCGUCCGCUUCGGUUGUAUUGCAAAUGUCUCAAUCUAGUCAAGUGAGCAGUAAUCCUGUGACCUUAUCAGUGCCAGUAUCCAAUUUGGUCAUUCCUCUCGAUGCAUCAACCGCUGAUCAAGCUCGACUUUGUAUGUUUGGAAUUGCUCCUAUGCAAACUUCUUCUAGUAAUGGUAUUGGUUCCAGUAUGCUUUUGAUUGGUGAUUCCUUUUUACGAAGUGCUUAUAUGGUAUUUGAUAUGGGUCAAAAUCGUGUGGGUCUAGCAGCUGCCAAUGGUUUAGGAGGAGCUGUCAAUGGUGUGGCAAGUUCUACUACUAGUGAUGUAUUUGUAUUUUUUGCUUAAAUGUUUGUCUAUUUAAAUAAUAAAACAGAAAUGAUUCUUUUUAUGGGAAAUGGGGUCCGUGC